AUGGUUGAUUUUUCACAGAUAUUCAAAGCUACCUACUCUGGCGUACCCGUUUACGAGAUGCUCUGCAAAGGCGUCGCUGUCAUGCGUCGACGUUCAGAUUCUUAUCUCAACGCAACACAGAUUCUCAAAGUAGCAGACUUUGAUAAACCGCAACGUACACGUAUUCUGGAGAGAGAGGUGCAAACUGGCCAACACGAGAAGGUGCAGGGAGGCUAUGGCAAAUACCAAGGUACUUGGGUGCCAUUUGAACGCGGUAGAGCACUCGCUGAAUUGUAUGAGGUGGAUGAUGUACUAGCGCCCAUCUUGCAAUUCGUAAAGGGAGAUGAGAGCCCACCAUUAGCACCAAAACAUGUAACAGCUGCCUCUGCGCGUCCUCGCAAGUCGCGUGAUGCCCGAGCUAGAAAGAGACCAAAACACUUUGAUGACGAUGUAUUGGACAUGGACGAAGCCUCGACAAUAGCAUUAACCAGAGGAAAAGAUCUGCAUGCAAAAAAUGACGAUGGCAAUACAUCAUCACUAUUGGCAACGAAACGAUCCCGAACAACCAAGCAGAAAGAUAAGGCAUCUACACCAAAGGCGAUUAAGCUAGAAGUGACCAAAUCCUCUGCUGCAGAGACCAACAAAACAAUUGCAGAGCAAAGUUUAGCAGACAGCAAGCAAGAGGAAGACGAGGAAGAAGAAGAUGAUGAUAUGAUGGAGUUUGAGAUGAGCGAGAAACCAUACGCACAGAGAUUGCUCCACUAUUUCAUGUCUAGCAAGAACAGCAUUCCGUCCUUGUUCACCCAGCCUCCUGCUGAUCUCGACUUUAAUGUGAUUAUUGACGACGAAGGCCACACGAGUUUGCAUUGGGCUGCUGCCAUGGCUCGCAUCAAGAUUGUCAAGCUUCUGAUUGAAAAUGGCGCGGAUUUGUAUCGAGUCAAUUACAAAGGACAGACAGCGUUAAUGCGGUCCGUGUUGUUUUCCAACAACUUUGAUAACAAAACAUUUGAAUCGUUGCUGGAUUUAUUGCGCGCCACUAUAUUCAACAUUGAUAAGAAGGAUCAAACAGUAUUCCACCACACAGCUGCCAUGUCCGACUGGAAAGGCAAAAUUUACGCAUCGCGAUACUACAUGGAGUGCUUGAUCAACAAGCUCAAGAACAACCAGUCUGAAUUGAUAUCCAUCUUGAACGUGCAGGAUACCAACGGUGAUACUGCUUUGACCAUUGCUGCUAAAAUCGGCAACAGACGACUGAUCAAAUUGAUGAUUGACGCUGGAGCAAGUACAGAAAUCGCAAAUGAGGAUGGUAUGACACCUAAAGACUACUUUGGAGAGAUUGAAAAGAACAUGGCAACACGAACAUCUGCAACAUCGCCUCCACCGCUCACAUCAUCUCCAAGCGAAGCAGGUAGGAGCGCCAUGAACGAAGCAGAUACUAGAGAAGUCUUAAAGUCGCGAGUCGAGGCCAUGUUCAAGCAUGUCACCAACGAUCCAUCCACUGCGCCGCCCAUCUCUGAAUUCUUUGACGACUUUGCCGAAAGCUAUGAAAAGGAUCUGGUCAGCCGAGAAAAAAUGCUGCAGAAAAAGAAGAUUGAAUUGAACUUGUAUACAAAGCGUCUGGAAGAAACCAGAAAGAUAGUGCUAUCAUCAAACUUGAGUGAAGAUGAUGCAGAAAUAGCGGCCAUUAUGCAAAAAGCCGAAACGCACGGCAAAGCACUGGAAAGCAAAUUGAGACGUUGGCUUCAGUUCAAUCAAAAGGAGACGCUCAAGUUAUUGCAAGAGAAAUACAGCAAAGGGCAUGACGACAGUGACGCUCACGGUAGCAGCAAAGAUGAUAAACCACCAUCACCUCCGAUCUCAGACACUGUCCAAGACUUGCAGACAUCAGCAGACAAGUUGAAAGACGAGUUGAAGCAGCUGCAAUCAUCUAGAAAGAAACAUAUCGACACACUGAUUGAGAUAAGAUGCAGAUUACCACCCAAAAAGUACCAGGACUACAAGCGAUUGAUAUCGACUUGCUGCAAUGUCGCGUAUGAGAAUGUGGAGGAGAUGUUGACCCCAUUAUUGGAGUCUUUUGAUAAUGAUUCCAUGACAUUGGCUGGAGAAUCCUUGAAAGACGAAAAAGAUCAGCCACCACCAUCACCAUCAUCCUCGUUACCAACAACAUCCGCAUCACAUCAGCAGCAAACAGUGGAUGCUGCAUCCUCUUGA